AUGUCACGGAUAUCUUCUGUAGCACAUAGUAACGAAGCCAUCGUUUUCUCUCGAAUCAGACCUGAUCCUGUAUCUCCAUUUCGCACGUCACUUUUCAUUUUGCUACCAAUGGCAGGCCUUGGUGGGAUGUUGUCGGACGGAGACUGGCCGUGUCCUAAUACGAGCUGCUCGAAUGUCAACUUUGCACGACGCACCGUGUGUAAUCGCUGUCAAACACCUCGAUCUGAAGUAAUUGGAGGUGAUAAGUUCAAACCAAAGGAAGGGACGGAUCUACGGGGCCCGCCUGGUCUGUUUCAAUCUGGAGACUGGACAUGCAACACAUGUGGCAAUAUCAAUUGGGAACGACGUUCCGAGUGCAAUAUGUGCAAGAGCUCUAAGCCAGGGAUGCCUGGACUGGAUGAAAAGCGAGACGGUGCUGGAGGCGGCUUUAAUGAGCGCCAGCAACGAGUUGCAUCGGCUAAGAAAGAGGUUGGUGAAGAUGGCUACGAUGACUUUGGCGUGAGGAAGAAGAAAGUAAAAGCAUCCAAGGCGGAGCGUGAGGCUGCAGCACUCGCUCGUUUACAGCAGUCUUACAGCGCACUCUACCAACCGCCUCAAAGUGCUACUGACUCUUCGGAAAUGUUGGCGUUGUCCGAGUCGAAAAAGGCUAGUGACAAAUCACUAGUCCCAGCUGCUCUUCCUACCUCGCUAGAUGGCGGCGAGAAACGGCGCAGUAGAUCACCGAUAUCGACAUCACGAGUUGGCGAUUCAUCCAGAUCACGUGGUCAAAGUCGCGAGCGACGCCGCCAUAGUCCAAGCCGGGUGAAGAGGGAUCGACGUGAACGAAGCCCUCCUGGCCGUGGUCGAGAUGGCCGCCAGCGCAGUCGUAGUCGCGGUUGCAGCAACGAUCGGGAGCGAGACCGUAGUCGGCGUGACAGGCGUUACAGGUAG